CAGCCCCCCAACCAGAUUUUCCAUAGACUUCCGGUAAUACCGGAAGAACCUUUGUUUGUGUAUGUCAAGAUGGCGGCUGGAAUGUAUCUGGAGCACUAUUUGGACAGCAUAGAAAAUUUGCCCUUUGAACUGCAGAGGAACUUCCAGCUGAUGCGAGAUCUGGACCAGAGGACAGAGGAUCUAAAAGGACAGAUUGAUUCUCUGGCUCGUGAAUACACAGCUAACGCUCGGACAUUGUCCUCCGAACAGAAGCUCUCCCUGUUAAGACAAAUCCAGCAGUCUUAUGGGAAGUGCAAGGAGUUUGGCGAUGACAAGGUCCAGCUUGCGAUGCAAACCUAUGAGAUGGUGGACAAGCAUAUCCGAAGGUUGGAUACAGACCUGGCUCGCUUUGAGGCUGACCUCAAGGAGAAACAGAUAGAAAGCACCGAUUAUGACUCUACCUCUAGCAAGGGCAACAAGAGUGAGUGCAACAUAGGCGAUCAUCGAGGACCCAAGAAGAAGGAGGUGACUCGCACUAGGUCAAAGGUGAAGAACUCUGAUGAUGAUUGCAGCUCCAAGAGCGGACAGAAGAAGGUCAAACUCACACAAGGCUCUGAGUUUUCAACCCCGGCUGUGAACUUUGGGAACGUGCACCCCUCGGAUGUGUUGGACAUGCCAGUGGACCCCAACGAGCCCACCUAUUGUCUCUGCCACCAGGUUUCAUACGGAGAGAUGAUUGGCUGUGACAAUACAGACGUGAGUUUGCUUCCUCAUGCACUGUGACAGAGGCCAACACGCUCACAGCCACACAUAUCUUUUUGCUUACAUAUAGAUAUUUAUUCUAAAUUAAUUUUUUUAAUAUUUAUUUCCCCAUUAAGAGUUAAAAUGGAGAUACCUAGU